AUGCUUGUAAAUAAUGGUGAAGUUGGUUAUCGUGAAACAGAUCCAUUACAAAUAGAUAUAAUUUAUAGAAAAAUACCAGGUAUUUAUGGAAAAAUAUGGUUUAGAAAGGAAAAUUAUGUUGUAUAUUUAGGUACAGCUGAUGAUUUUUCGGUUGAAUCAGAAUUACAACGACAUGUGAAAAAUGCUAUUAAAACAUUAAAACUUAAGUUUACAGAUAAUUCUGACGAAUUAGCUCAUUAUGGAUUUUUGGAACUUAAAAAUCGAAAAGAUAAUAUUCAAAAUAUAGAUGAUGUUGAUGAAAAUGAUCGUUUUCCAUUUUUUAUUCAUCUUGCUACAAAUACAAAAUCAUUAUCAAUAUCAAGAUAUAUUGAAGUAUAUCAACUUCCAGCUCCGGAUUUUAUUCUAUCAAUUCAAACAAGUCCUAUUUAUGAUAAUAACGAUUCACAUAAACAAAAAUCAGGUAUUCAAACAGAAACAGAACGUGCUGUUCAAAAUGGUCUUACUGCUAUGGCAAAAAUAACACGUCCAUGGGUAACAACGAGUUGUAUUAAUGAUGAUAUGAUGAAAUUACUUGGAGAUGCUUUACAUAGAGAUGUAUGUGGAAGGGACAUACCUUGUUUAGGAAUUUGUAAUUGGAAUUAUGCAUCAGGUGAUGAAUUAUUAGUUAAAAAUUUUAGUAAAGCUUCAAUUAAUGAUGAAAUUAGAUCUAUGAUGGGGGAUGAUUAUUCUACUGUUCAUACAUAUGUUAUGAUGCCAAAUUUAGAUUGUAAUAAUAUCGUAUCUCAUCGAAGACUUCAACCAAAUCAUACGCAUUUUAUUUUACUUAAUGAUGAAUCAAAAGAUAUGAAAAAUAUGUUAUCAAAAAGACAAGAGAUUGAACAUGAACUUAGUAUUAAUAGAAUAUUAAAGUCUCCAAUAGCUAAUUAUCCACCGAAAAAUAUUGUAUCUGAUCACGAUAUUCCUAUUAUUAUGUUAUUAAUUGCCGGUGAUUUUUCAACAUUAGCGACGAUAUGCAAUGGUUUAGCAGCAGCAACACCAAUCGUCGUUAUUCGAAAUACGGGUGGUAUUGCUGAUAUUAUUGCUCAACUUUGUCGAAAAUUAUCUCCAACAGAUGAAUUAGGAAAAUUUCGAAAACGAACAUAUGUUGAAGAAUGUAAAAAUCAAUUGAAAGCACUUUGUCUUGAUAAAGAUGAUAUUAUUGAUCCUGAUGAAGAAAUUGAAAAAUAUAUGAAUAUUUUUAAUGAAAUGGAAGAACUUGUUAUUAUAUUUGAUGCUAUUGAUCAUACAAAUCUUGAAGAUGCUAUUGCUGAUGCUAUGCUUAGAGGUAUUAAAUAUCGUGCAGAAAAUUGGGAACAUUUUUUUUCUUUGGAUGUUCGAGAUACAAGUCUUAUUUGGUGUAUGAUUUGGAAUAAAAGUGAUUAUGCAAAACAAUUACUUGUUGAUCGUAAUGACGAUAAUACGACAUCAACUGGUAAUCAUAAACAAAAGAAAAAUCAUAUGAUGAUUCCAUUCAUGCAACAGUUAUUAUUCGAAGCUUUAUGUCGAAAUAAUGUUUCUUUUGUUAGUUUAUUGAUGGAAUAUGGUGCAUCAAUUGAAGAAUUGACUGAAGAACAAUUGAUUAUUAUUUGUGUGAAAACACUAAAUGAUGAUGCAUUAAUAUUAAAUAAUUCUGAAAUACAUUUAAGUUUAUUUAGAUAUGAAAAUAAAAUUCGUGGACUUAAAACAUUCGUUGAAAAAAAAUAUAAUGAUUAUCUUCUACAAUAUUUAGAACAUUAUGUAGUAAGAGAUCGAAUGAAAGAAUACUUACUGCAUGAACACAGAACAAAUCGAAAUUUUCUUUCAAUAUCAAAAAAUUUUGAUGGACGUAAAACUGAAGCACUUUAUCUUUGGUUUGUAUUUAUGAAUCAACCAGCAUUGGCGAAAUAUCUUUGUUCAAGAAGUCGAAAUCAACUUGUUGCCAGUCUUCUUGCAGUUGAGAUUUAUACAUCAGCAAGAAAAGGUGUAAGAAAAAAUAAACAAAUUUUAGCAAAUAUAGCUCAAGAAUUUGAUCAACAUUCAAGAAAUAUUAUUGAUAAAUGUUUAGUAACAGAUAGUGAUUUUGCACUCAAAUUACUUGAAUGUAAAGCAUCAGCAUUUUAUAGUUGUGUGCCAUUGGAUAUUGUACAACGGACAAAUUGUCAAAUAUUUCUUGCUAGUGAUACAAUUCAAAUGCAUCUUUUGAAUAUGUGGUAUCAUCGUUUUAAUCAUCGACAACGUUUAUUGAAUAUUCCUGCUGCUGUUUGGAUUAUAACUACAACUGUACUUUUUCCUGUUUUACCAAUUGUACCAAUAUUAUUUCCUUCAUUAUUUAAAAACACUUCCAGCAAAUCAGAAUCUAUAUCGAAUUCACCCAAUCCAUAUCAUGCUGUUGUAGCUUAUAAACCACCAUCACCAAAAGAAUCUGUACCAAAUCGUUGUAGUAUAGGGAAUGUUUUUAAAAGAAUUAAAUGGUAUUACGAAGCACCAAUGAUACGAUUUUAUAGCAAUUUAAUGUUCUUUAUCGUAUUUCUACUCUUAUUCAGUUAUGUUCUUUUGGUUAGCUAUUUUCCAAUAAAUGCUUACAUUGAACAUCGAUCGAAAUAUGAAAUAUUUUCACUUCCAUUAGCAGAAUUUCUAUUACAUGUUUGUAUGUGGAGUUUAAUUAUCGAUGAAUUAUAUCAAUUUGCAUCACAAAUUACAAUGCAUUAUAGUUAUAGUACGAAUUCUUGGAAUUGGAUGGAUCAAGCAGGUAUUCUUAUUUAUUUGAUGGCAUUCUUUUCUCGUUGGUCUCAUCAACAAACAUGGUUCAUUUGGUCAAAAAUAUUCAUGUCGGUCACUUGUGUUAUUUGGUAUAUUCGAAUACUUUUUUUCUUUGCUGCAUCGCAACGAUUGGGUCCAAAAUUAACAAUGAUUUAUGAAAUGACAAAAGAUGCUAUGAUGAUCUUCGUAUGUUUCAUUCUCGUUAUUCUAUUCGGUUUUUCGGUUUCUUCUUGGGCUUUAUUAACAACUAAAUCACAAAUAAUAUGGCCAAAUCAAAGUAAUGAUUCAUUAUGGACUAUUCCAAUAGUAACUGCAGAUAGUUAUGAAUUAUGGAAUUGGGAUUUAUUACGAGAUGUAUUCAAUUGGGGUAUUUGGAAAGUAUUUGGACAAGUAGCUGAACCAUACAACGAUGCUGUUAGUGAAAAUGAUAAUAAUGGUGCAUUUGUAUUCUUAUUUUCAAUUGCUUUUACAGUUAUAUCGAAUGUACUUCUUCUUAAUGUUCUCAUUGCAAUGUUUAAUGAGAAAAUUACACGUGUUCAAGAAACAUCAAAAGAAUUAUGGCGAAAUCAACGAUUUUGGCUUAUUUAUGAAAUGAAAGAUAAAACAAUUUUACCUCCACCAUUUAAUAUUCUAUGUUAUAUUGGUCAAUUCUUAGUAUAUAUUUGUCAUAGGUGUAAAAAACUAUUUACAUUACGUCGAGAUCGUGAUACAGAUGAUGAAUCUAAACUAUCACUCGUUGUUAUUUCCGAUACAAAUCCAGAUCAAGGAACAUCUCAUUUAAGUUUUCCAAGACAUACUAAUAGUCUUUUAAAUUUAAUUGAUAAUCAGGUAACUAGUCGUGAGAAAGCUAUUGCUGAAUCAUAUUGGCAAGAAGUAUUUCAAAAAGAAAAACAGGAAGCAUCAUCCAACAAAUUAUAUGAAGAUACAGAGAAACUAACGCAAAACUAUGAUCAACAGCAACCGCUUCAUGAAAUAUUACAUACGCAAAAAAUACUCGAACUAUCAAAGAAUAAAAUUAGUGAUAAAGGUGCUCAACAACUCGCGGAUGUUAUACCAAAAAAUACGACAUUGAUCAAAAUUAACUUAUCUAAAAAUCGUAUUACAAAGCUAGGUGCUCAAUAUUUAUCUGAUGCUUUAUUAAACAAUAGAACCAUAACCGAACUUGAUCUAUCAUCAAAUCAUAUUGAUGCACUAGGUGCUCAAUAUAUAUCGAAAGUUUGUCGAAAUAAUAAAGCACUGAAUAAUAUAAAUCUUGCAAGUAAUCAGAUUGGAGAUAAUGGUGCACAACAUCUUGCAUAUGUUAUACCACAAAAUACAACAUUGAAAAUACUUAAUUUGGAAAAUAACCAAAUAGGAAACUAUGGAGCUGAAUGUUUGGCUAAUGCUUUACAAGAUGACAUGACACUUAUUCAUCUAGAUCUUGGUGCUAAUCAUAUCGGAGCACAAGGACUUCGUCAUUUAGCUUUAGCAUUAGCUAAUAAUACUACACUUAACGUACUCAAUCUUACAUCAAAUAAAAUCGAAAAUCACGGAGUUCAAUAUUUAGCUAGUAUUCUAUCAAAUAAUACCACAUUGACUACUCUUAAUCUUGGAUCGAAUAGAAUUGGACCUCAAGGAAUACAAUACUUAGCUGAUGCAUUAGGAAAGGGCGCGGUUCUGAGUACACUUACAAUUUCUAAUAAUCAAAUCGGACACGAUGGAAUUGUACAUCUAGCUAAUGUUUUAAAAAAUAAUCAAACACUUACUAAACUCAAUAUUUCAUCCAAUCAAAUUAGUACUACUACAGCCAAAAACCUUGCUCAAACUAUCGGUUAUAAUACAACACUUACUCAACUCGAUCUUAGCUAUAAUCAAUUAGGACCUGAUGGUAUCCAAUAUUUGGCACCUAUUCUACGACUUAAUACAACAUUAACUUCACUCUCUCUAUCAAGCAAUCGAAUUGGAAAUACUGGAGCACAAUAUCUUGCAUAUGCUUUGCAAUCAAAUAACUCAAUCACUACACUUGAUCUAUCAAGAAAUCAAAUUGGCAAUACUGGUAUAAGUUAUCUAUCUGUAGCUUUAUAUAAUAACACAACACUUCAUACACUCGAUCUUUCAAAUAAUCAGAUUGGAGAUGCAGGAGUGAAAAGUUUAACUGAAGCUUUUGGAACUAAUUCGGCAUUAAAUAACAUCAAUCUUCGAUUCAACAAAAUUCGUGAUGGUGGAGCUCAUUCUUUAGCUGUUGCUUUAGUAUAUAAUAUGAAUGUGGCUGUUAAACAACUCGAACUUGGACAUAAUCAAAUUUCAGAUCAAGGUGCACAUAAACUUGCCGAUUUUUUACAAUAUAAUGCGACACUCGUCAAAUUAGAAAUGACAGGUAAUCCAAUAACAAUUGAUGCUGCAAGAUAUUUGUCUCAAACUUUACGAAAUAAAUUGAGUUUAACUACACACAAUCUUGCAGUUAAUGAAAUCGGUGGUGAAUGGAUUCAAUAUCUUAGUGAUACACUACAAAAUGAUAAAACAUCUGUCACACUCGAUCUCGAAAAUAAAGAAAUAGGUUAUAAAGAUAUUCGAUUAUUAUCUGUUGCCUUACGAAAUAAUACAACAGUUACUGCAAUUAAUCUUAAUGGUAAUCAUCUUGAUGUUAUGGGAAUAGAAUACCUUUCUAAAACUUUACGUGACAAACCGAUGUUAACUAAACUUGAACUUGAUAGCAAUGAAAUUCGAACCGAAGGAAUGUUAUCCUUAACUGAUAUCUUUGAUAGUAAUACAUUACUUGUUGAACUUAAUUUGAAUAAUAACGAUAUUGGAGAUCAAGGACUUCAACAUUUAGCUCAAGCACUUCGAGACAGUAAGACACUGAAAAUAUUGAGACUUACUUAUAACAAAAUUGAAGAACGUGGAAUACAAUAUUUGGCAAAUGCUUUUCAAAAUGUUACUACUUUGACAACAUUAGAUCUUGGAUUUAAUAAACUUGGUGAUUCAGGACUUGGAUAUUUGAUAGAUGUUCUUCAAAGAAAUACAAAUUUAACCACAUUGCAUCUAAGCAGAGUCAAUUGUAGAUUUAAAGGAGUUCAACAUAUCGCGGAUUAUCUUCGAAAUAAUACGACACUCACUGAACUUGAUUUUUCAAGAAAUAGAAUUGGUAUCGAUGGUAACGAACCUAUUGAAUAUUUGACUGAUGCUUUGUGUACGAAUAGGACACUCACAACAUUGAAACUGGCUACCAAUAAGUUUGGUUCUGACGGAACUGAAUAUUUCGCGAAGAUGCUCGAAAAUAAUAUUACACUCACAGAACUUGAUCUUUCUUACAAUUGGGUUGGUGAUAAUGGACUUGAACGUUUAGCUUCAUUUUUGAAAAAUAAUCAAACACUCACUAAUCUUGCUCUUAUUCAAAAUGAAAUUGAAGAUCUAGGUAUUUCACAUUUGGCAGCUGCUCUUGAAGAUAAUCAUGCACUUACUACACUUCUUCUUAAUAGCAAUUACAUUGGUAACAGUGGAUGUGAAUAUCUAGCUAACGCCUUGAAGAAUAACAAUACUCUCACUAAUCUGGGUCUUUAUGGUAAUUUUAUUGAAGAUGAAGGAGCACAAUAUUUGGCUGAUGCAUUUCGAGAAAACACAACACUGAUUACUCUCAAUCUCAAAAAAAAUAGUAUCGAACCGGAGAAAAUGCAAUAUUUAACAGAAACUUUCCAGAAUAACAUGAGAGUUACACCAAUAAAGCUUGAAGAUAAAGAAUAUUCUGAUCAAGAUGAUCAACUACAGAUUGAUAGUUCAUUAAGUAAUACAGCAUUAAUGACAUUCGCUUUACAAGAUGAAGAUAAAGGUGUUGAAAGAGCUCAAUAUCUAGCUGAUAUAUUUAAAAAUAAUCAAGCUCUCAACACCUUAGAUCUUGAAAAUGAUAAUAUUGGUACUCGAGGAAUGGAAAAUGUGGCGAAUGCUUUUCAAAAUAAUACAACACUCAUGACACUGAAUCUUGCCGCGAAUGAUAUUGGUGAUGAAGGAAUUCAAUAUUUGAUUAAAAUUCUUGAAAAUAAUAAUACACUAACUAAACUCAAUCUUCAGUACAAUAAAAUUACUUCUGAAGGAGCUGAACAUUUGGCGAAAGUUUUAGCAAAUAAUACUACAUUAAAAUCACUCGAUUUAUCAGAAAAUGAAAUUGGUAUUAGUGGCACACAACAUUUAGCUGAGAUCCUCAAAAAUAAUAAUACAUUGACAGAACUCGAUCUAACUAAGAAUGAAAUCGAUGAUGAAGGAAUUACACAUUUAGGCAAAGCUCUUGAAAGCAACAAGACACUUACUACAGUCAAGCUUGGCGAUAAUGGAAUCACUGCUGAGGGAAUUGAACAUUGCACUAAUUUUCUACGAAACAAUACAACUCUUACUACACUCAAUCUGAAUAUUAAUCUACUCAGCACUGAUGGUGUUAAGCAUUUAGCUACUGCCUUUCAAAAUAAUAAUACAUUGACUACACUUGAACUUUCACGCAAUCAAAUUGAUAACGAAGCAAUGGAAUAUCUAGCUGAAAUUUUACGAAAUACUCAAGCAUUGACCACACUUAUCCUUUCUCGCAAUACGAUUGGAGAUAAAGGAAUUACAUAUUUGGCUAAUGUUUUACGAAAUAAUAUGACACUCACUAAACUCGAUCUCAAUCAUAAUGAAAUUGAAGAUCAGGGCAUUGAAGAAUUGAGUAGUGCUUUGUUGAAUAAUACAACUCUCACCUCUCUCAAUCUUAGUAAUAAUAAAAUCAAACAACAAGGAGCUCAACAUUUAGCUACUGCAUUUGCAAAUAAUAAGACACUUACUUUUCUUGAUCUUGCUACGAAUAAUAUUGGAGAUCAAGGUGCACAAGUUUUGACUACUGUUUUUCGAAAUAACACGACACUGACCACACUUGAUUUACGACGUAACGAAAUAGGAAAAAUAGCCAAACGUUAUGUGAUGAAAACUUUACGAAAGAACAAUGGAUUGAAAUUAUUUUUAAGAGAUGAUGAAUAUGAUCAAUAUUGA